CCACUUCAUUGUCCCCAAUUUCUGAUAUCCCGCCGAGGAGCAUAUCUCAUCAUCCAUUUUCAAAUUUGAGUUCUUCUGUUCGCAAUUUUACUUGCACAGUUACGCUGUCUCCCGAGUUUCAAUCCCAUCUCCCAUUCUGAGUUUACAGGGCUGUAGUACCACGCACUGUUCAAAGCAAACCCUAGAAAUCUUGCAUUGAACUUUUCGGGACUUUCCAAUUCGAUCGCUAAUGGCUUCCCCUGAUUCCACCGCAACUCCUACCCCGUUAUCAGCUACGAUGGAGAACACGGCUCCGAUUUCAUCCAAAAUCGCGGAACUAAACCAGUCAAGAACGGAGCUUCUUAACAGAAUUCAGAGCUUGAAACAGGAUUUGCAUAAUUGGAGGUCAAAGCUGGACACGCAAGUGAAGGUCUAUCGUGAUGAGCUUUCUGAGCUCAAGAAGACACUCAAUGUUGAAGUGGAGCAACUCCGAACAGAAUUUCAAGACCUGAGGACAACCCUUCAGCAACAACAAGAGGAUGUUACCGCUAGUUUAAGAAACUUGGGGCUAAAUGAUGUUUCCGGAGAUAGUGAGAAAGCAGAGUCAAAGGAGACAAAGACUGAAGAAAUUGAGAAGGAAGAUAAGGAGGUGUUGGCCAAGGAAGACACUGUUAAAAUAACUGAAAACUAAAUGGGCAUUAUCUGUAUUUGCAAUUAGUAAUGCAUACGCUAAGAGGACAUGGAUGAGCAACUGUGUCUUUGUAUUCUUAGUUCUAUGUUGUGCUUGUCAAGUUAGAAUGAGUCCAGCAGAUUUUUUGAUGCGAUCAAUACUAAAUUUUGCUGUUCUGCCUUCAUUAUGUGCAAUUCGUAUUUACUCGCAGUGCCUGAUACCUUGUUUGGUAUACUGGUCUGACUCCAUUUAUUUUCAUGUGGAAAUAUAAAGCCAAACGUGUGUUCUUUA